UGGUAUCUCUGGUUCCCGGUGCACCUAGUGCCCGGUCUGGUAACAUCGCAGGGGAAGCAUUUUGAGUUCCAAAAAUUUAGGACCAAAAUUUGAGAGGCUUCGAAGCGUGUUACCAACGCAGGCUCAAAAAACUGAAAAAACUGAACAUGGCGCUCGCGAUAAACUCUUUCGAUAGCUGGCUCAGUACGAAACUUCAAGCUUUAAAUACCGACGAAGGUGUGUUUGGAUCGUACAUCAAAGGAGUUUUAGAGGGUGAUGAAUCGGAAGAUGAGAAGACCGAAGCCCUUGAAGGCAUACUCGCGGGCAUAACGGAUGAUAACAUUAGUAAACACGUGUCAGAAAUUUUGAGCGCCUGGGCUAAAUGGUUACCUAUUGAAGAAAAUGCAACUUCGAAGGAACCGGUGGAAGAUGUGGAUGUUAGACUAGCACGAAUGUUGGAGUCCCAAUCUCUUCCGACUACGACGCAAAGGAGUUAUACGGAAGAGGAAAGGCGAAUAAGGGAGGCCAUUCUUGCACAAUAUAGUCAGACAGCGGAGGAAGAUCACAGUGAAGGUGACGGUGAAGAGGAAAGCGUAAGCAAAGGAGAUUGUGGAAUCGAGAAGAAUACGAAUGCUGCCACGAUAGUGCAACAGGAGAGAGAAAAGAGGGAGAAGGCUAAAUUAGAAAGCCAGAAGAAAAAGGAGAAAGAUAAAGAAGAUAGAGAGAAACAAAAACAAUUAAAAGAAGAGAAAAAGGAGAAACGAAAAACACAGAAAGGAGAGCGAAGGAGGUAGCAUUGGGAGAAGAAUAUUCUAAAUUCUACGAUAGUCAAGAUUUCAAAUAAUCAAAUGCAAAUUAGCAUAUGUAUACAUCUGUGUUUAUUCUCGUGCAUGCAAGGAUCUCCAACAACCAUUUAAAUCAUUUACUAAUACUCCAUUAGUAAUUUGUGUCUGUAGUAUGCAUAUCCUAAUAGAACACAAAUUCACACAAAAUACCAAACAAUGCAUGUUACUAAAUAAUGUUUAUUACGUUU